AUGGCUGUUUGGGAGCAACAAGGAGUCCUAGGGGGAUGGGUUUACGCCGGGCCUCCUGUUCAGCGUCUGACCGAAAAUGAAAUGGUGAUGCAGCAUAGCGGUGUGGAAGGAAGCGGCCUGUGGGCCAACUCAUUCCAAGGGCAAGCUCCAUAUAUUGACGGCGAGUCUUUUACAAACUCUGCGUUUGAUCAAACAGUCUACUUACCAGUCUUUCACGCUACGCGUCAACACAUCCAGAGGCCGCCUGGUGAUCUGCUAGAUGUCGCAAACGACGGUCGAUACGUGGCGCGUCAGCCCUAUCCCUACAAACGCAUCACAACUGCACACGGUAUUCCCGAAACUCAGAUACGCGAGAAAAAGCGUCCAGGACAUAUUGGAACGCAGGAAACUCACCGGCUGGGAAUCCAGGAGCGUCGAAGCCAUCCCGAUCUACAUCUCCGAGGAAACGAGCAACAUGGGCCACAGCAUCAAUAUCAACCUACUCAAGGAGCGGACCAAGCUCAAAACAACCCUUCGUCUCAAUAA